AUGGACAUGUUACCGGAGCCGGCGGUUCCCGCCACUCGUGCUCGAACAUAUGGAGGGAACCGGGCAUUCCACAAUUUCUUCAAUGACUUCAGUCACAUCCAAGACCCGAACCUGAGGAGGAGACUAGCCUUGUCUGAGAUCGACAAGAUCCCUUUCGGCUCCUACCACCUCAGAGCGAUCGCGGUUGCGGGAAUAGGCUUUUUCCUAGACUCUUACGACAUAUUCGCUAUCAAUCUUAUCACGACGCUUCUGGGCGUUGUCUUCUGGCAGGGGCCACCGGAAACUGCGAAGAACGGGUACGGAGGUAAUUACGGAACCCUGCCGACGCCCGUUAGCACGACACUGAAAGCCUCGACAAGCGCUGGCAUUGUUGUCGGACAACUGCUCUUUGGGUGGCUUGCCGACGUAUUCGGGAGAAGGAGGAUGUAUGGUAUCGAGUUGGGAAUUAUCGUUGUGGCCACUUUCGCAUCCACAUUGGUCGCGCCAAGUCAAUCCAUGAGCUUCACGGGGUUGAUGACAUUCUGGAGAGUUGUCAUGGGGGUGGGAAUCGGCGGUGACUAUCCCUUGAGCUCGGUGAUCACAUCAGAAUUUGCUCCAACUCGAUGGCGAGGUGCAAUGAUGGCAGCAGUCUUCAGUAUGCAGGGCUUCGGGCAACUUAUUGCUGCGAUAGUAGCUCUCAUCGUGACAGCAGCUUUCAAAGAUGCCUAUCAUGGCGCACCGAAUGUGGCAUCUUGCGAUUAUAUCUGCCAAACCGCCGCAGAUAGAUCCUGGAGGAUAAUUGUCGGCGUUGGCGCCGUUCCGGCCUGCUUUGCCCUAUAUUACCGCAUUACGAUACCAGAGACACCGCGCUACACAUUUGAAAUUGCCAAGGACGUCGAGAAAGCCGAUGCCGACAUCAAGGCAUAUGUGGCGAGCAAGUCCGAAGGAGAGGUCGACGAAGUCAAACGGGCGAGAAUGAAGAGAGUGGCGUCUCCAGCGCUGAACGUGCCCGCUGCUUCUUGGCCCGACCUCUUCUCUUAUUUCAAGCAGUGGAGGAAUGCGAAGAUGCUCAUUGGGACCACUUUAUCUUGGUUCUUCCUGGAUCUUGCCUUUUAUGGCCUGGGGUUGAAUAACUCCAUAGUAUUGCAUGCAAUAGGCUAUGCAAGCGGGAAGACCCUCUACGAGCAACUUUACAACAACGCAAUUGGCACCAUCAUUCUGACGGUUGCCGGUUCUCUCCCCGGAUACUGGACGGCGAUAUUUACGAUCGACACAAUAGGCCGGAAGCCUUUACAGGUAUUUGGCUUCAUAUUUCUGACCAUAAUAUUUUGCAUUCUGGGAUUUUGCUACAGACAUCUGAACCAAGGUGCCAUGCUGGCCUUGUAUGUCAUUGCCCAGUUCUUCUUCAACUGGGGACCGAACACGACGACAUUCAUUGUGCCUGGGGAAUGUUAUCCCACGCGGUAUAGGUCCUCUGGACAUGGCCUCUCCGCAGCCAUGGGGAAAAUCGGCGCCAUAAUUGCACAAGUGGUGUCUAUACCCCUGUUGAGUAAAGAUUCUCCGGCGGACUGCACGGGCGACAGCUGUUCACCUUGGCUGGGUCGCCUCAUGCAGAUAUUCGCGCUGUUCAUGUUAUGCGGGACUUUCGUCUCGUUGCUCAUUCCCGAAACAAAAGGCGUGACUCUCGAAGAACUGGCCGGCGAAGAGCCAACCUCCUAUAACGCGGGCCGUAAUGGGAGCAUUGUUGUGGCGCCAAAGAAGUGGUGGAACCUGUUCUCUGGAGGACAGCCGGCAGGGUUCUUUUAUCCUCGAGCUGCAAAGGGUAACUGGGGGAAGGCUCAGCGUAUGGGGAUCAUGACGUCGCCAGAGCUCGCAGCACAGCAAGCACAGGAGAUGAGGAACUCGCCAAAGAAAUGGAGACGAAAUCGCGGCGGCAGCGAGGAUACGGAUCAUUACGACUUCGAAAGCACCAGCUCGACAACAGGAAUUGUCGGUGGCGGGAACGCACGACAGAUGGGCGAAACGAAUAGGAGCCAGGGAGGAGUGUUUCCGGGAUGGGGAGCCGGAUGGGGGAGAAUAGAUAGAGGGGGAAAUCCAACUUCUGUCGAGAACAUUGGACUGCAAGAUGUAGGUAAUCUAUUGCGGUGA